UUUUUUUUUUUUUUUUUUUUUUUUUUUUUUUCCUCCAGGCUCUCUCCUCCACUAAUGCAACCCAACGCAAGUAAUGCUAUUUUUCUAAUGUCCUUUGUUGCACAAAUAAGAGUCACCUAUAAUUAUCGAGAAGAUCCCGCCAGCCUACCGUCACCGUCACCCGUAUCGCGGAUUACUACGCGCAGCAGCAGAGCCCUCCUCCCCUGUAAUCAACUUGUUGGAACACCCCGCAUACCGGGUGCGAAUAAGGGGGGCGGCGGCCAUGCUUUAAAGACAUGGGGAAAUUAAGGGAGUGAAAGAGAAAGAGUGUGUGUAGUGUGUGAGUGUGAUAGCCUAGGGGAAAGCCUCGGCUGGGCGCGGGCUACUACGUAUAUUUUUGCCAAGGUUGUUUCUCCAGAUCACCCUCUGAAAUACUCAAAUGUACGGCUUAGUACAGCAAUAAGACGGCAAGGCGGAUAUACCCUAGCUUCACAAUACCGUGGACGUACUGUAAAGAAGAAAAUUUCUUUACCUUAGGUUAGGUACGUAUGAGUAUGCUUCAUAGAUACCUAGUGUAUUGUAGUAAUAUUUUCGACACCUAAUGAAAAGGGUAUCUGCAUACAAUGACUGACACACACCGGAGAGGUAAGAAAAAAAGAAAAAAAAAACAAAAAAAACAAAAAACAACACAGACGAUACGCAAAAUUAUUCACUUUUCUUCUGGCUUGAUUACUUGCGUUAUUAUUAA